CGCAGCUGCAGAUGGAAUGUAGCUCGCUAGCCUCUCAUGCUAGCUGCAGCAUCGCAGUAAAGUUUGACAAACACAUGAUGAGCGGCUCGAACCCGCCGCCAGCGCUGCACUGACAACACAUGAGCCAGGUCAACGGAGAGGAAGUGCUGUGAACGCAACGGUGUUAACUGCUGAUAGAAAUCCUUAUGUUGGUCCUGUCUCUUCCUGUAGCUUCAGCUCAACCGCUCAGCGUUCAGCGAUGAACAUUGAUGACAAGCUGGAGGGGAUGCUUAUGAAAUGUAGCCCUGUGGGGCUACACCACUCGUCUAGAGGUUUGGGACCCUCAAGAGUGGAUGGAAGAGGAAGGAGAGGCAGUUUGGAUCUGACAAUUGGGGAACGGAGCUUGGCUAAUCAUCCCCUUUUGGCUGAGGAUGAUGACGAUGAUGAAGAUGAUGAUGAAGACCUGGCAGGUGGAGGCCUGACCUCACAUGAUCUGAUAUCCCAGGAUGACCUGAUGGUUCAUGAGGAGACGGUGAAAAAUGACGGACAGGAUGAAGCGGCUUUCUCACAGCGAAUUCCCCAUAAAUUACACUAUACACUCAAUAUGCCAGUAAAUAUAAAGCAGGAGAUGAAAAUGCCAGACUCAUUGAUUCUGAAUAAAAAGGAGAAGAAACAGGGAAGGGACCCAUCUGACUGUCACAAAAAGAAGAAGAGAAAGCAGCGCUCGCCUGCAAAGAUUCUCACUAUUAAUGAAGAUGGCUCCCUUGGGCACCAGAACCCAAAAUCUCAUGUCUGUGAGCACUGCAAUGCUGCUUUUCGGACAAACUACCAUUUGCAAAGACACGUGUUCAUUCACACAGGUGAAAAGCCUUUCCAGUGCAAUCAGUGUGACAUGCGCUUUAUUCAGAAGUACCUGCUUCAAAGACAUGAAAAGAUCCACACAGGAGAAAAACCUUUUCGGUGUGAUGAGUGUGGAAUGAAAUUUAUUCAGAAAUACCACAUGGAGAGACAUAAGAGGACACACAGCGGGGAGAAGCCUUACCAGUGUGACUAUUGCCAUCAGUUUUUCUCUAGAACUGACAGAGUACUAAAGCACAGACGAAUGUGCCAUGAGAAUAAGGACAGGAAGGUGCAGAAAGCAGCUGCCAAAGACGGCCCUCUUCGCACCUCAGAAAGCUUGGGCUUCUCUUUUCCUGUCAAGGAGUGCACUCUUCCCAAGAAGAAACGUCAGAAGACCUCUGAUAAAAGUCGGGUGGCGCUCACGAGUCCCACUGUUGACAAAGAGGUUGAAGCUGGUAAUGAGGAAAAGUCUGAAGACCAACUGGCCAAAAGCGAGUGUCUUCCACUUUACACUGUAGCCACCAAGGUGAAGGACGAAUAUGUCGUGACAGAUUAUUCCGUUGAGCUCCCUGACUCCCCGCCUGUCAACCGGCAUCUCGCAGGGGAAGAAUCUAAUGAUGAAAUCAUCAGUCCUCCAAAACUAGUCCUGAAGAAAAUCGCCAGCAGGAGAGGCUUGAAACAGCAAGCUCUAGAACAGCCCCAGAGUCUCUCACCCUUGUCCUCAUUCGAAGAUAGCAAAGUAACAAGAUACACCUUUGAGAUUGUGGACAACAAAGGCCUCUUGGAUGUCGAGGCCAAUCCUGACAUGGAAUCGGUUGAUGCCCUACAAGGUGUACAAGCUAAACCAACCGGAAGCAGCACAAACUACGACGACGCCAUGCAGUUUCUCAAAAAGAAGCGAUACCUCCAAGCAGCCACGGCCAACACUAGUCGAGACUACGCGCUUAACGUGAGCAGCAUCGUGUCGCAGCCUUCGGUCACUCAAGCAGCUGUAGCGAGCGUCAUCGAUGAGACCGUUCCCGCCACGAUCCUCUCUGAGACUCAGACGCUGAACGUGGAGAUCAAGUCUAGUAAUGAGAAAAACGUCCUUCCGGAUGAAGUCCUACAGACGCUUCUCGAUCACUACUCUAAUAAGGCCAACGGGCAAGCAGAGAUUUCCUUCAGCGUGGCAGACACCGAAGUCACAUCCAGCAUCUCUAUCAACUCUUCCGAUGAGAGCAGCCCCACCGAAACGUUGGGAACCAGUUCACAAGCACCCCCGGCAGAGAAGGCCAGCCUUCUACAGGAGUACUCCAAGUUUCUUCAGCAAGCACUGGAAAGGACCAGUCAGAACGACACCUACCUGAACAACCAGAGUCUUACGUUUGUAAACGACAGUGCCAGUCUUGCAGGCCAGCCAUUGUUUUCCACAGAGAAGCAGUUCACCUCUCCAUCCCGGUUUAGACCGACCAUGAACUCUCCAUUGAGAUCCACCUUGGAGAAACCUAAUUUUAGCCUUUUGGUAGAUUCCCAACACUCCUUCUCCUUUUCAGGUGACGAGACAAACCCUUCCUCGGUUUCCCCAACGGAGGACUUUCUCGACCAAGUGACCUCUCCCAAAAAGACUGAUGCGCAAAGCAUUAGCCAGACGUUUCAGAUUGCUACUUUUGACCAGAACUUUCGAUCUCAAUUCCCGAGCUCAAGAUCUGGAAUAUCCUCACAGUUUAGCAUUGCCAGUGGACAAGUUAGCCUGAGAGGUCACGGUGGAACGGACUUCCCAGAGUUCUCUCUUGUUACUGAAACAAGAACUCAACUAACUUCAUCUCCAGAUGCUACAAGCAGCCAAACCUUUGGCUAAUCAAGAGCUUUUAAUGAUUUGAAGCAUUUAAAAGGCACUUUAUAGUUCUGUCAGUGAAGGCAAUGUGAUCUCUGUGCAAAUACUUAUGAUUUUCCAUCUUUAAACAAUCACGCAUGUGUGAGAAUCAAAAGGAGCAGAGUGAUGCACGCAUUGGUUUCAUUAUCAGCCCUUCUAAUGGAGACUAUGUGAUACUCUUUAUGUGUCAUUGCAUUUUUUGGGCUUUGGACGAACGCACUACGGCUUGCCAAAUUAGUUAUGCGUUGUAAAAUUAGGAUUUUAAACUACUACAACAAUCCUGUUGUAGUAAUCUAAAUUAUAGGGUCAUUGUAGCUUCCCCGAGAGAAAACUAUAUAAAAAUCGAUUCUGAUUUGGCCUUAUGUUAGCGUUUAGUUCUUCUGCUGGAGCAACAGGCUCAACAGACUGACCUAAUAAUGUAGGUCUAUAGAAAUGAUUCUAGUCUAGCGUUAUAAUUGGUUUUUGUAUUUAAUUAGUUUUUUGGAGAGGUACUGAAAGGACCUUACUUUAAUGCCCUAUUCUUGAGUAAGGCACUUUGUGAUUGAUAUACUGCAAGUCACUUUUGUUCAAAAAACGAGUAACGUUUUUCUCACCCCUGUCGUUGUAAGCUAAUUUGUAUAUUUAAUCUUUUUGUGCAUUGAAUGUUUUUAUAUAUAUAUUAUUUGCAUUCUCUGCUCCCGUAAAGAAUCUCUCCAAGACACAUUUCGUUUAGAGCAAUCUGCAGGUAUUGUCAUACUGAAUUUGUAUGGACCUAGCCCAUAAUUUUAUAUAAUGAGAUUAUAUAAUCAUGAAAUAUCUUUGCAUAUUUCUCCUAAGGUUAUUGGAUCAAAAAAUAGAUAUUCCCCAGCUACUUCGGUGGGAAUCAGUACAAAAAAAUCUGUCUUGCCAAUCAGAUUUAGGAGCAUAUGGGGAACAAGGUUUUGUGGAGGGUUUCUCUUUGCAUAUCUCACAUUUGAGGAUGCAGUUUUAGCAAUUGUCUAGGGCAGCAGCAUUAACAGGUAUGCACUUCUUCGUCUGUCAUCAUUGUGCCUGACUCAUUGGUUAGUUCAGACUUACAAUAGGUGAAAUACAAUAUACACUACCAGUCAAAAGUUUUUGAACAGUAAGAUUUUUGUAUUUUUAAGGACGUCUCUUCUGCUCAUUAAGCCUGCAUUUAUUUGAUCCAAAAUACAGCAAAAACAGUAAAAAUGUGAAAUAUUUUUACUAUUUAAAAUAACUGUUUUGUAUUUAAAUAUAUUUUAAAAUCUAAUUUAUUCCUCUGAUUUCAAAGCUGAAUUUUUAGCAUCAUUACUCGUCACAUGAUCCUUUAGAAAUAAUUCUAAUAUUCUGAUUUUCUGUUCAAAAACAUGAAUUAUUAUUAAUAUUAUUAUUAUGUUGAACAGAAAGUUCAGAACAAUAGCAUUUAUCUGAAAUAGAAAGCUUUUGUAACAUUAUAAUGUUAUAACGUUAUAUGUCUUUAUCACUUUUGAUCUGUUUAAAGCAUCCUUGCCAAAAAAUAUUUAUUUCUAUAAAAUCCUGCUCUUUGGAUCUUACUAUUCAUCAAAGAAUCCUGAAACAAAUGUAUUCAACUUUUUAAAAAUUGAUAACAAUAAUAAUAAACGUUUUUUGAACAGCAAAUUGACAUAUUAGAAUGAUAAUGUGACACUGAAGGCUGGAGUAAAGAUUUAAACAUUUAGCUUUGAUUACAGAAAUAAAUUACAUUUUAAAAUAUAUUCAAAUAGAAAGCAGUUAUUUUAAACAGUAAAAAUAUUUUACAAUAUUACUGCUUUUGUACUUUGGAUCAAAUAAAUGCAGGCUUGGUGAGCAGAAGAGAAUUCUUUAAAAAACAUUAAAAAUCUUACUGUUCAAAAACUUUUGACUGUUAGUGUACUUAGUUGAAAAAUUUGCGCAUUUCAUCACUUUGAUUUCCUUAAGAGGAUUUAAUUUGUUCACAGUCUGUUUUCUUGGGUUUCCAGAUUUAAUCAACAUUACCCAUUAAAUCGCACUUUGGCUCGUGGGCAGUUUUUGUUAUUUUAAAGCACUUUUCGAUUCCCACCUUCCCUCUACAUAACGUACACAUCUGAUAUAAAAUCUAUAUCAGUGUUGAGUGAAAUCAAGGAAGAUGAUUUAAGAAUGUAUGGUCUGAGAUCAUAUUUUCAUGCUUUUUGUCUCUCAAACACCCCAUCCAUUAACAAAUAUGUCUUUGAAUCAGAUUCACUUGCUGUUACUUAUUAGAUUAAUAUAGAACAAAAAAUAAAGUGUAAAGUUGUACUAAUAUAUAUAUAUAUAUAUAUAUAUAUGUACACAUAGCAUUUGUUAAUUGCACAUCUUUCAUUAACUAAUCAUGUAAAUUAAAAGCUUUGUUUCUGUUUUCUCAAAUUGUUUAUGGAAAUUUAGCCGCUUGCCCCAAAACUGUAUCCUAAUUAAUCUUAGUUUGAUUUAUAUUCGUAGUACCAUGCCAAACUGUACACUCAUUUCUUUGUAAAUCAUUCUUAUGUAAAUUGUUUAAUGGUUUUAUAAGCAAUUUACACACAAAUUCGCUCUGCUCAUGUUUCGUGAAUGAGUGUGUAUGUUUUUUCAUAGUCAGAGUGUGUUCUGGGUGUCAAAGACAUUUUACUGUGUUUUUGAUUACGGUCUAUUAUAUGUGUGCCUAAACAUUCCUUUAUUGUCCCUUUAUUUUUCCAUGUUGUAAAUAGGUGGUAUAUUUUAAGUUUUUCGGAGUGUGGAAAGAGUGCAACAUGAUAUUUGCUGCCAUUUUGGUUUACUCAUUCCUACAGUCCCUGACGACUCUCAGCACAACUUUUGUGACAAAAUCAUGUUGGUGUUCUUGUUUUUAAAUUACAAAUGUACUCUAAGAAUUGCCUCUGAAUGCAGUUUUAAUUACAAUUUGAUUAAACCUUGUAUGGAUCUCAUACACCCUCAGACGAGGAGUUUUUAGGAUGUUAUUUAUCAUUUCAAUAUCAUGUGAUACCUAAAUAUUUAAUCAAUAAUUACUGCUACAGAUGCUCUAGAAAUUGAUGAAAGUGAAAUGAUAAUUUGAGGGAAGACCUUAAUGCCUUGUUUUUGCUUUAUUUCCUUUUAGUAAAUUGUGUGAUGUUUUUGUAAGCUCAAUUGCUGUUGGUAAAAAGUCAUAUCCAUUUAGACACAUGGCUGUUGUCCUUCUUUAUUGAUUGGGUAUUUUGUGUCUCAUCUGUUGUUACUGAUGGUGAAUCAUUGUUUUCUUUCAAGUUUAAUUCGAGUGAAACUGAAUGGUUUUAUUUAGUGAGAAAGCUCUUCUGAAUAGUUUUAGACAUUUAAUUUUAUUGGGGAGUGCAUGUCCUCUGACUGUCUUUGUACACUGGUUAUAUUUUUAUAUGUAUCCAUUUUAUUGUAGCCGAAUUAUUUCCAUAGAAUAUACUUUAAUGCAAUACUUUGCCUAAGACAUGGGGAAAAAGAUUGGAUGUUUUUGAUUGCGUGCCUCUUGUUGUGUAAUAUUAAA